AUGCGCUGUUCCGCUGCUCGAGACGCCAAAGUGAAGGCUGUUGAGAACCGCGUGUGGAUGCAAUCUCAGGGAGCGACGCGGAAGCGUGCGGGCUCUGUGAUGGCGCCCACGAACACAAACAAAAAUAAAAAGACCAAGAACGAUUCUGCCUCCGUGGACAAUUAUAAGACGUUGGCCGAUACACCGGCAGCAAAGGGUCGCCUUUACAAACCCGCUGUCAUUGCAUCAGAUUCAGACGACUCGAGCGUGCCAUCGGAUGUCGAUGACGUGGACGCCGACGAUGACGCGGAAGGCCAGCGCGAGGCGGAAGCAGAGGAAUCUGAUGAUGAGCAGCUCAUGCAGAUGGCUCCUCGUUCUCUGGCUGAGGCCUUGCAGUCUGAGGUGAUGGUCUUCCUUCCCUCAUCGAUAUUUGUACUCAGCGCUGUUCCAUCAAGGCUCCCCUGUUUCAAGGACAUCAUUACCAUCAGGAAAAAGUGA